CACUCGGAUGAGCCUGCUGCCAGCCAGCCUUAUGUGCUGUUAUCGAUCUCGGGCAAAAUGGCCGAAUAGCAGCCACUGUGUCGUGCCGAGUGAAAAGUGAGCCGAAAAAGCCACGUUCCAAACAUGGGAGUCGGCCUCCACUUGUUAAUGGUGAUUGUGUCUGUUAACUUUCUGGCCGAAGCUUCCACUGGAGACGCCGAUUACGAAACUGAGCUGCUGCGGCAGUAUUUGCUGAACCGCGGGGUCCCUGAGCGCUUGCUGGAGCUGCAACGGCAGAGACCUCUCUUCACCUACAAGUUCCCCGCGCCAAGGCUCGAUGAGACCUUCGCCGUGCCUCCCUCAGACCCGCGCUACUACUAUCUGCCUCCCAUAGGUGACCGUUAUGAGAACGAAGAUACGUUGAAGCGGUCUUCGACAUUGAACAGAGAAAACAAAUCAUCGAUGCGAAGGCCCUACCAGGACAAUGGUGGACCACAGCAGCAGGUGAUUGCUAAUUUGCCGGACGUAGGCAGAGCGCCUGAAGCUGAGACGCAGGAUGACGCCAACCGCAAUGGAGCGGCCAUGGAGCCGCAGUGGAGCCGCAAUGAAGCGGCCGUGGAGCAGCAGUUGAGCCGCAGUGGAGCGGCCGUGCAGCCGCAGUGGGGUGUCGCCGUGGAGCGGACGCAGCCGGGCUUUGACCGACAUUCGGCGUUACACCUGGCUCCAACCUCAGUGCCGAUCUCCAAGGUUCAAGUCAUCAAGACGCCUGUCGGGGAUUUUGAAGCUACCCGGGAGGAUAUGAUCUUCAUGGCAACAGUGGCUGGUUGCAGCGCGGCCGCAGUUGUAAUUAUUGCCAUAAUCGGCUUUGGAUGGUACCGCAUGUCUUUGCGCCACCAAUUCACGUCGAGUGAGUCUGCCCACCCUGAGCUGUGGUGGGGCGUGGAGGGUGACUUCCGAACCCUAGGCCGACUUCACCGGAGAGUGAAGGCGGCGGCUGAUGUGGAUUACCCGGCUUACGGUGUGACGGGGCCCAACAAGGAGAUCUCCCCCACUGGCGACAGGAAGCUCGCCGAGAAUGCCCAAAUGUACCACUAUCAACACCAAAAACAACAGAUCAUAUCUAUGUCCAACAGCCGAGUAAAUAACGAUCAUAGAGGGUCGGGAUCGGAGGCUGAGAGUGAUGAGGAGAACGAGGAAGGGGACUACACUGUCUACGAGUGUCCAGGAUUGGCUGCUACUGGUGAAAUGGAGGUGAAGAAUCCCCUAUUCCAGGACGACCCAACGCCAGCUGGAGGGCCUGAGUCCACUUCGCAACCCCAAACCAAUACCAAACCCCAAAACUGAUCUGUCACGUCACAGCUUCGACAGAGAAUCCAUGCAAAUCGACCAGCUUUCACCAGCCGGGCAACUCAGCUAUGCAAUAUCACAAGCAUCCCUACAAUGCUACACCAACAUUCAAAUUUCUAUCAUGAAAGCUUAUGAAACAGUUGUUCUACAACUCUAAAAUAUGAAAUAUAUUACUCAUUAUAUUACAAUGGGAUUGUUAUUACUAUACACCAUAACUGGGAUGUACGAUAAAAAAUUUAUAGGAUACAAUUUUUUGAAUCGCUUUAGAUGGAUUUUGAGGAUUGAUUUUUCACAUUCUCGAAAAUGGAAGUGGAUGAUGUAUCUUGGUGAAUUCAUAAAUUGGGAACAGAUAUACAAUAAACAACGAGCGCAUAAGUAUUUAAAACAGAGAAAUUCCAAGGUAGACAGUUGGAUCGACAGUUGAUCAAUUAUCCUUGACAGUUGGAUCGAUUAUCUAUCCAAGGAUAGAUAAAAAAUUGUUUCCAAGAAUAAUCUUCAAUGUUUGUUACUGGUGACAAAUGUUAAAUAACAUCUCAAAUCACUGUUAUUGUCUCAAUAACUUCAUAUUUUCAUAGCAGCUUCAAUAUUACUGUACUAACAUCAGUACAAACAGGGUUUACCACUUGAUUAAAAUUCGCUCCUACAUUUAAAAUCGUAAUUUUUAUCCUUUUGGUGAUCCAAUUAACUUUUACAAUCUAAUAACAUUUUGGUAAUCCUUUAUUCAAUGAUAACUUUCUUACAUACAGCACAUACCGUUCUCUAAGUUAUCUUCAUCCCAAAUCCAUAACGAUAUUUAUUUAAAGUUGAAUCGUAUCUUGAACAAUUUAACAAAAAUUAUCCUUUGUUCAUGUGAUUGUCUUACAUUACAAUCACAAUACUAGUACAAUAAUAAUAUAUUGAUAAUUUUUAUUUGUAGUGGCGAAUUAAUUACAGUAGCGAUAUACUAUUAGGAAGUUCAUAAUAAAUCACCGACAUUAGGUUAUACCUGAUACACUUCAUUUUUCAAGUUGAAGUAAUGGGUGUGUCUCACAAUAACUCGCCGUCCUCUGGUUUCAACAUCCCUAAAAUUCUGUUACGGUAGGGUAUCGAUUUUUGAGAAAUAUGUUUAUAGAUCUACAAGCUAUGAAAAAGAAAAGCAUGAAGUGUGUCCAGUAGCAGGCUCUCAUUGUGACAGACUACUCUCAGAAUUACUCAUAAAUAUAACUAGAAAUCUAUUAAAUAAAAAAUACAAUACAUUGGAUUGCAAAACACACAUCUACAAUUUUAGAAGUAAUUGAAUAAUAAAACAUGUCGCUGUAUAGAGAAAUGUGUAAGAAAUAUUUCUCCUGUAAAUACAUUAACAACAAAUUGAAGAUUUCCAAUCAAUGGGCUUGAGAAUGAAUUUUCAGGAGUGCUCUUGUGUUGUAUUAUUAAAAUGCAAUCUAAUUCAUCACUAUAUUCUGGAUUGUUUCAUUAUGGUUCUCGUGUUUUCAACUUGAGAUGAUUGUUAGAUCACUAAUGAGUUUCAAACCUGAUAUCAUAAGUUUGAUCUUGGAUCAAUUCAGACUGCAUAUAUAUGCAUUCAUAUGUCCGAUUAUGAGAGUUGAAACUAGACAUUUCCAAAUAAUCUAGAGGUGCAAAAUUGAAAUCAGAAUAGAGUUUGAAUCUAUGAGUUUCAAGAAUAACAAUCUAUGCAUUCUUCAAAGGUAAUCAUAAUUCAUGGCAUUAUACGGUUUCUUCAUCAUUGUGUUGAAAUCGAUGAAACCAAUACGGGUGGUUUGAUUACUCCAAUUAAAUACAAUAAAUUUAACAAUAAAAUGGUAGAUUUACAUGCAUUUAGAUUGAAAUUCUGAUUUUAAUAGUUUCAGCUAUGCUAAUAAUUCAAAUGAAAUAAAAAUGUAUAAAUUUAAAGAGAUAGUAACCAAUAUCUUUGAACAUAUUGUAUGUUCAUUACAAAUAAAUUGUAAAAAUGUUGCACUCAUUAUUUUUUAGGAAACAACACACCAUUUUUUACAUUAAAUAAUAUUCAUAUUGUAAUCACUUUGAAACAAAUUGCACACAUUUUAUUUUUCAUCCCUCUAAAUGUUCAUUCAAUUAAUUUAUAAAUCAACAAGUAAAUAAAAUCUCUUGAAGAUACUUCGAUAAAAAAUAGUUUUUCGAAUAACUUAAUUUUACAGUUUUAGUUGGAUUCCCUGUUGAUUAACUUAAUUGGAUGAUUCUAGUUGGAUUCCCUCCUUAGAGCCUUCAUUCCAGAAGGACUGAAAAAUAGAGCUUUGUGUAUGAUAAAAUGAUUCCAUAACGUUCUUCCAUUAACUUUAAUUAACACAAAGUGAUUUUUAAGUUGCAAUUUUACUCUUGAUAACCAAAAAUUAUUAAUAUUGGAAUAUAAUAUAAGCUCUACCAUAUCUUUGUAACGUAAUGUACCGUAAAUUAGUGGUUACCAAGAUUGGUGUUAGAAUGAACUGAAUGUUGUAUACAAUUUCUAUUCACUGUUCCUCUAGCGACUCCUAUAGAAAAUGUGAAAACUAUGUUGUCUAGACUUGUUAGAAGGAUUAUAAGAAGCAAAUAUCCAUUGAGAAUACCUGUAGAAACAUAUAUUUUUACAUGAAUAGAAUUUGACAAGCUUUAACGUGGAUUAUUAUAAAAUAAUGGAUUAUAAAAUCAUAUUUAUGUAAAUAAUAUUGAUAUAUUCCCAUAUACAAAUCAUAUAGUGAAUGAGAAAAAUUAUUCUCAUUCAUGUUAAUAUAAUUAUGCUUUUAUUCUGUAAGUUUUCAUUACAGAUAACAAGCUAGCUUCUCAAAAACUUAUUGAAAUUGAGUGAUACUGUGUUGGUUCUUUGAAUAAAUAUUUUAAGCAUUAAUUCAAUGACAAUCCAUUUUCUUAUAUUGGAUUUGUGUAACGUUCAAUACUAUCCAAAUUCUAUAAUUUCAGAUUGUUGAAAUUUUUUUUUCAUUAGAACAUUAACUAGGUAAACUUGAAUAAAUUAAUAUUGAGGACCGGCCAAUAAAUUUCUCUGAUAUUCUAUCUGAAUUAUUCUGUCGUUUUCAAAUAAUACGACUGUAAUUGAAUGUUGCUUUAGAUACUAUUCAAUCUAAAAGAACUCAUUUCUAGCACCAGCUAUAUAAUUUGAUUCCACUAUCCCAUGCAUUAUUAUAUAUGAAAUUAUUAACCUAAAUGUAAUGUCAUUUAACCAUAAAUUAUACGAUUAUCGUUAUAAUCAUAUCUGUAGGUAAAAAAUAUUACAUGUUAUUGUAAUAAUAAUAAAUAGAAACAGGAAUUCAAGUCUGUAUGACUUGAAAAAAAUUUUAAAUUUGAAUUCAGUUAUUGUUUUCAAAAAGAAUUUUCUUAUCAGGAGAACAAGUAGUAGAGAAUUUUUACAAAAUAAUUAGGCUAUAUUUAUAAAAAAAGAAAUUGAAAGAUAUAACAGAAAGUAUCUAUUUCAGUAUCAAUGACUGAAUUUACUAGGUUCUUUUUAAUUUCACAAAAAUAAAUCUAUUAUUUAUGUGAUUGUGGGACUGGGAUUGUGUCCUGUGUGUUAUUUUGUAUGAAAUAGCUGUACUUUUAAAUAUUUUAUCCUCAAAGUUUAACUGAUGAACUCAUAAGAAUUAUUUUCUAAUAAUUUGAAAGUUGAAAGACUUACAGUUGAAUGAUUAUUGGAUGUUGAAAGCUUGAUUACUUGAAAUAUAACCUACAUUAUAGAAACGCAGCUUAUUAUUUGAAUAGUUUAAAUGUGUUGUUAUUUGCAUUUGAUUAGUUAUAAGAUUUUAUGAGAUUUCAAUAUAUAUAUUUUAUGUACAGUUAAAACAGAAUAUAGAAGAAAUAUAAAUAUAUAUUUUAUACAACAGUAUGAUGAUAAAGUUGGUGAAGGUUUAUAAAAUAUUGUGAUUUGGGAUAAGAUUUGAAUAGUUCUGGCUGUUUACGUUAAUAGUAUUAUGUUAUUACUAAAAUAUUUUAUCCAUAAUUUGUAAUAUAAUUGUUUUGUUUUGCUUAUAUAAUAUGUAUGUGUUCUUAUUUAUUUAUCUUCCAAGUGUUAAUAAAAUACGAGUACUAUUAGCCACUGAUCUUAACCGACCAUCACAAUUUAGCUGUAGAGAUUCAAAACUGAAUUAAAUUAUAGAAAUGUAACUGUCAUUAUUUGAAAUAAAAAUUCCAUGAAUUUUGUUUAA